AUGCAAGUCGCACCAGCAGCAGAACCGCACGCUCUCCCGACAUGGCUGCAGCUGCUGGGCUCGGUUGCGACGGUCGAGAGCGGCCGACACGGCUCGCCUGGGGAUGCUGUGUCUCCCCUUACUUCGGGAAGCCUACGAAAGAGGCGCAAUGUGGGAUUUAGGGGUGAUAGCAGCGUUGCCGCUCUCGCAGCCGUUGCUCUGCUUGCAACGGCGUACUUAGUGCUCCGUUGCGCUCUGUAUCUGGCGAGCGCCAGUAGAUCGUCACUGAGAUUUCUGGCAGGAGCAGAAAAUGAAGCAAAUAAAGACCAGGAAGAGUCUUGCGGGCCUCCUGCGGAGCAGGAUCGACCUGCUGCAGCUAUUGCUAACAAAAAGCCGCAGCUGUUGAAGCGGGCUCGGCGUUAUGUCGAAGAACUGGCGAGGCUUAUAGGCAAGAACAGUUGGCUUGUACUGAAGCUGAAACCCUCACUGAAAGUAACGUGCGUAGCAAAGUUCCUGUGUCUGUCCUUGGUAGAGGCUUCUGCCUUGUUCGCAUUGUUAGAAAGACGUGACAGGGCCGGCAUUACAGAAGCAGUCAAUAAAAUAUCCAGGCGAAUAUGGGACCUCCGUGAUAGCAUCGGCGAAAAAGAUGUUUCACACGCGCGGCAGCGCAAUUUAAAUAUCCUUCAUGCGACGCUCAACAACCUGCAGUCGAGUAACCCCUCUGAAGAGCCAAUGGCAGAGGCGCAGCGGCUGGAGAUGGUCGAGCAUCUGCUGCAGUUGCAGGAGUUGGCCUUAACGCAGCUCAACUCCGGGAUAUGCUGGCUGAGAGGGCUUAUUCAGGGCUCAAAGGACGCCAGUACGGACACCAAACCUGCUGCUGCAGCUGCUGAAGGUGCUGCAGCAGCAGGUGAAGAAGCUGGUGCCGUUGCUGACGGUGGUGAUGCAGUUGAUGAAGCUAAAGUUGCUGCAGCUGUUAAGGCUAUCGAACUAACCGUGCAUACGCGCAGGGACCACAUUUUAAACGAUCCAAAACUCAGCCGGUGGCUGCGAACUUCGCAGCCGAAAGGCCACUAUGGCAUCACGAACCGCCUGCAUAUGGAAAUGAUAACCCAACAACCCCUACUAACCCAUCCCGAACGAUUAGAAGGCCUGAUGGCCACACCGUUGGGGUCGGGAAGUCCACCCUGGGAGGUAAUUGACAUUGAAAAGCUUGAGGCGCAUAAGAGAGCCGCUUCGUCCUCUUCACCCGAGGCGCCCUCUCGAGCUGAGGAGGUGACUCCUUAUCAAGCCCCAUGCGAUCGCCCUCGCGCCCCAGGAAAGCUGAAGUCUCCUGGCCAAGGCUCCCGAAAGGGGGCCGGCGCUCAGCGGCAUGCUCCCGUUGCCUCGUCUCCCAGCACAUCUUCAGCUACGGAUGCUGCAUCAGCCGCUCCUUCAAGUGCUGCAGCUUCAGCGGAUGCACCUGAACGGACGGAUGGCGCUUUACAGGAUCGCAGUCAAGGUAGGCGAAUGCCUGGUCGUGCUGCGCACAGGAAACGUGAACAGGUCUUAUCUUCUACCCCUACAGAGGGUCGCCAAGCCUCUGCAGUGAACGCUACUACCCAAGCUGCUGCUGCCUCCUCACGGGGCCGUCCAGCUUCGCACGCCAGAGGGGCCUUCAGAGCCUCCAGAGUCACUUCUGCCGGGGUAUCUUCAGACUUCGGUCCUUCUCGUGCAACAAUGCCAAGACGUUUGCCCGGUCCGCUCCCAAGAGCCGUUUCUGAUGCUGGUGAUCAUGCCCCUGAAGACGUCACUGGGACGACCCCAGCUGCUCCUGCCGCUGAGAUGUCCGCUGCUUACCAUUCUUCUGGUGUAUCACGGGGUUCAGGACCAGCAUACGGCGCCUUGCCUGCCGUUUCAGGUCCGCAGCGGUCGCCAACAACAUAUGCCGAGCCACAAGCUGAAUUUGAGCGCUCCCGCGAUUCCUCAAAUCCCCUUCUUGGGCCUUCUCCUUUAUCCCUCCCCCAGGUGCAUACUCCUGUUAGUCAUUUUUCCGUAUCUCCUGGGGCACCGGGAGUCCGGCCACUGCCGACCACAGGUUUAGAUGAAGGCGCUCCUCCAAGCACAGGGAGCUUCGUGUCGGUAUCUUCGACGUCGCAGUUGCAGCGACCUGCCUCGCGGAAAUCGCAGACAUCUCCGUGGAUACCGUCAGACUAUCGUUCAUCUUUAGGAAUCGCAAAGGAGGAAGGUGAUCAAGAGCUUGACACUUGGCCGUUUGCCUCGAAAGUAUGGGGACCACCUGAAAAAGCUCCCCUACGACCCCCUCCAGGCUUCUCUCCCAUUGAAGAACCCGAUGGGCGAAGUCAUCCAGAGGUCGCUACAGGACUUGCGCAAGCUGAAGAAUUUUUCAGGGGGGUACUCCCCCAACAGCCGCGCGAUGUGAUGCAUCCCAGAGAGCUACCAGUAGCAGCAACAGCUCGGCCCCCGCCAGCUGAUGCAAGAAGUGCUGCGGAAGCUUCCGCAACAGCUGAUUCCUCUCCUGUUCCUUCCGCACCACAUGAAGAAGGCCGUUAG